UGAAGUAAAUAGACUGGAUAAGCCACUUUAGUUCAACGCUCAACACUACGAACAUGUGAAUAUGUGAAGGGAUUAGCAACGCCAGUACAGAGGAGAUUGGAAGACUUUAUGCAAUUUACAGAGAUUAUUUUAUUGCGAAGAUAAAUUAUGUCUUGUGUCUCUAUAAAAGAAUAUUCACAGAAUACCAUCUGAAAUACUGAGACCAUCGUUGGGCAAACAUGACAGACUACGAAGUGUCAGUGCAGCAGCUCAAUGAUCUGUUAACAGAUGACAAUGGGGACUUCUGCAUGCCGUCCAGAGAUUUCAAUGAAGUCUACCCCGGAAUUCUCCUUGGAAACGAGUGCGUGGCCACAAAUGUGAGACGCUUGCAACAACUGGGGGUGAGCCACAUUCUCAAUGCCGCAGAGGGAGACUCGUACAUGCACGUGAACACGGGCGUGGCAUUCUACGCAGGCACAGGGAUUGUCUACCAUGGAAUCCCAGCCAAUGACACAGAUGACUUCAGCCUCAGCAUAUACUUUGAAGAGUGCUCAGACUUCAUAGAGGGGGCCCUGGCACAUAAGGGAGGCAGAGGGAGGGUGUACGUGCACUGCCAGAAAGGCUACAGCCGCUCGGCUGCGGUGGUCACUGCCUAUCUCAUGCUAAGAUGCGGGUUGGAUGUUCGAGCUGCUCUGGCCACAGUCAGAGAGAAACGGGAGAUCGGCCCCAACGACGGCUUUCUGUGCCAGCUCUGCCAACUCAACGACAGGUUGCAAAAUGAAGGCAAAUUCUAAAGCAAAAAAGUAUGACAUUUACAAGAUAAUUUAGCCCCAGAUAUAUAGAAUCUGCCACUACAGAGUAAGAAGCUGUAAUUUCAUAUACAUAAUGGUUUGUUUAGAUCCAAUAAACAUGUGGAUGUUACAGUAAUAAAGCUGUGGAAAGACUGUA